AACUAACUGAUAAACAUGAAAUCAACAUUAUGAAACAGUACGCCAGCGGUGCAAAACGUUACACGGCUAUAUUUACAUUGUCUGUUAUAUUGCUCGUAUUUGCUUUAUUAUUAUAUCCAAUUUGGCCGCGUAUUUUUGACAUCUUACUGCCUAUGAAUGAAACUCGACCACAUAUUUCACCACUGUUUGUAACAGAAUACUUUAUCGACCAAGAAAAGUAUUUCUAUUUAAUUAGCUUGCAUACAAAUACGGCUUUUACCAUAGGAAUUGGUGUAAUGUUAGCGACAGGAACAAUGUUCAUAGUUUACUUACAGUAUGCAUGUGGAAUGUUUCGAAUUGCCAGUUAUCGCGUUAAACAAGCAAUAACAAUUGAAAUUCUGCAAAAGAACAGCAUGAUGAAUAAGAAUUUAAUUUAUAAGGAAUUAAUUUAUGCCGUGGAUAUGCAUCGCAAAGCUAUGAAAUUCUCCGAAUCGACAAUAUCUAGAUUUAAAGUAAUGUUCUCCUUGUUGAUAAUAGUCGGGGUGAUUUGCGCGAGUCUGAAUUUUUUUCGGAUUUUUCAGAUGGUAUCCCUUAGCUGUGACGUUAAAGAACUUUCGUUACGAUUAAUAUUUUUCAUCAUCCAUUUUUGUUACAUGUUUGCAGCAAACUUUCUCGCACAGGAAAUUACGAAUCACAAUAAUGAGGUAUUUACCACCGUAUACAAUGUCCAGUGGUACGUUACUCCGUUGCAAAUACAAAAAAUGAUCCUGUUCCUCUUGCAAAGAGGUACCAAGGCGUUCACUAUGAAUAUUGCUGGACUAUUCGUGGGAUCGUUAGAAAGUGCUGCUACGUUACUGAGCACGGCAGUGUCGUAUUUCACCGUUCUUCAUUCGAUGCAGAAUUGAUGUAAAGUGUAGUGAAAUAAUGAUAGUAGUGUAGUGAAAUAAUGAUAGUGAAGAAACUAAUUAGCACACUAAAACGAAUUACAUACUAUAAUCUAAAAAGUUGUAUUGACCGAUAAUCUCGAUAAAAUUGU